AUGUCUCCUACGUAUCUAUACAGCUCUCUUGUGGUCUCCAUUCUUGUCGCCCAGUCGGCCGCUCAGGGUGAAUACGAUCCAAAUGACAUCGAGGCUUUAAAUGCUGCUGGUGCAGCUGGGAAGUCGGGCGGUGGAGGCAUGUCCACUGGAGGCAUGAUUGCGCUCUGUGUGAUUGUUGGAGUGGUUGUUAUCUUAGGAUUCUCUUCCGCCGCUCUCUUCUACAUAGCCAAGAAGCGUCAAUGGGCUAUGCGCGAGGCGCUCCGACGAUCCGCCAAACAAGUGGUUCGAGCCGUCAAGACGCCUCUCACGCCCCGGUUUCCCAGAAGCCAACGGCCGCUUACUCCGGAUGGUGAUUCAGACGCCGCGGAUAGAUCUGCACCAAGAGUGAAGCCGGCGAGGAAGCCAACGGACGUGGAAAAGGACGCUGUCAUUACAUCGAACGAAGCGUCGAAGAGUUCAGAGACCAAGCCUCGUGGCUGGAGCUCUUACUUCUCAUUCAACCGCUCGUAA